GUCUACAAAGACAGCAACUUUAGAGUGAGAAAAAAAAAGUGAUUUGAGAGAGAGAAACAUCUAAUGGAGUAUGAAAGAAUAGACAAAGUUCAGAGUGGUAUUUCACCAAGUAAACUGAGGAUGAAGCUGAUGGGGCCUCAUCAUCUGAGAAAGAAAGAUGGAUCAAAUGGCAAUUCUUCGAGGACAUCUCCUUCUAGGAUUGAAGAUUCUGAGUUUGUCAACAGCCUCUUAGCCUCUAAAAAUGAACACUUUGAUGAACAAGUUAAAGUGUCCGAUGAGUCAAUGAUGGAUUGUAGUCUAAACGAGCAAAUCACUAGCCACUCGAAAGAAUCAUUGCCAGGGGAGAGCAUCGAAGUAGGCCGAGCGAAAUCCAUGCGUUUUUCGAAGAUCGAUAACGGUAAUUCGAGCUCAAUUCAUCCAAUUAGAACGGUUGAAGAUGAAAAUCCUGAUUCGGAUAGUAACGCCAGUUCAUCGAGCUUCGAGUUUCAUAGAGGGGAGAGAGCGGUACCGGCUUCGAUGGCAAGGUCGUACUCUAGACCGAUGUCGUCGAAGUGGAAUGACGCCGAGAAAUGGAUAUUGAACAAGCAAAACGUGCAAGAUAUGAAUGCUAAGAAGAAUGCACUUCAAAACCAAGCUAAUCGAAUUCCAAUUACCAAUAUGAGAGUUGCUCCGGAAUCUGCAAACUCUGAUCAUAGAUUUAAUGUUAAUGGGGUAACCGAUGCUAAGACACUCGAUUUCGGUCAUCCUCCAAUGCAGAUGCUAAGCCGGGAACCGAGGGAAAUGGUUCGGACAGAUAUAUUUUGUUCGAAAAGUCCGGCAGAAGAUACAACAGUUUUGCCUACCAUUCGAUCGGUUUGCAUGAGAGAUAUGGGAACUGAAAUGACCCCUGCUGCAAGUCAAGAGCCAUCAAGGACUUCCACACCUGUAGGGGCGACAACCCCACUCCGAACUCCGACAUCUUCAGUCCCGUCUACUCCGCAUAGAGUGGCACCGACAUCGACACCUUUGAAUCACACAACGGUUUCCGACUCGCAUCAUCCGUUUGAUAACAGCAAGAAAGAGUUGUCCGAACAAGACAUGAAGCUGAAAACAAGAAGAGAGAUUGUAGCCCUUGGUGUACAGCUUGGGAAGAUGAAUAUCGCCGCUUGGGCGAGCAAAGACGAGACGGGAAAAAGCAUGCCUUCGGUUGAAGCCACUAACAUAAAGGAGCUUGAACAAAUUGAAUACGAAAAGCGAGCGGUUGCAUGGGAGGAAGCCAAGAAGUCUAAGCAUACCGCAAGGUAUAAGCGCGAGGAGAUCAAAAUUCAAGCAUGGGAGAGUCGGCAGAGAGCAAAACUAGAAGCUGAAAUGCAGAGAAUCGAGGCAAAAGUAGAGCAAAUGAGGGCCAAAGCUCAAGCACAUAUGGUAAAGAAGAAUGCAAUGGCAAGUCAAAGAGCGGAGGAGAAACGAGCUGCGGCCGAGGCCAGAAAAAACCUAGAUGCCGAAAGAACUGCUGCACAGGUAGAAUAUAUUAUCCGGACUGGACGAUUGCCGUCGUCGCAUUUCACGUGUUGUGGUUGGGUGUAGUACUAUAGCAAUCCACAAAAGGCAAAACUGAUGAUACAAAUGGGCCAAGAACGGUUU